CUGCGGCGCCUGGAGGAGGCGGAGGCCGCACUGCGGGCAGCUUCGAGCCACCCACAAGAAAAGCAGAAGCCGUCCACGUGCGCUGAAGCCGGGGGUUCAGGACCAGAGAGCCGCUUCGCUCGGGCAGGACAGGAGAUUCCCCCUGGGGCAGGCGGGACACAGUCAUCUGGAAAACAAAGCAGGAGGGAAGAUCCCACCGGACUCCACUGGCGGACAGAGAAAUGCAAACUGUGUCCCAGAGAGGAGGAUCCUCCAGAAGAAGUAAAACCAGAGGUUGUCGGGGGCCCGGCGGGGAGCCAGGCGACGUACAGGGUUCACCUCCCCAAGGCAGGCACGUUCCGUUGCUCUGAAACCGACCUGGGGUUCGAGGUGCGGGCCCCCGUGACUGUCCAGUACGGAUACGACUCCUGGGAUCGGCACCUGGCUGCACGGAGCACUCCGAAAUGGAUGGUGGCUGGCCCCUUGUUCAGCAUCCGGGCGGAGCCGGCCCGGGCCAGGGCAGCCCUGCACCUCCCGCACUUCCUGUGCCUCAGAGGGGCUGACAGCUCCCGGAUGCAGAUCGCCCAUUUCAUCGAGGCGGGGAUGACCCUGGAGAAACCAACGCGGGUGAAACCGUUCCACGUUGUGCUGCAGAACCCCAGCUUCUGCCUGUAUGGAGUGGUGUGGGAGAAUCGCCCCCAGCCCCCUGUGCCGGUCCACGCUAUUGUGCUGCUCUACUGGGCCUUCCGGAUGGAAAAGACGACUCUUCACCUCUACCUCAUCCCUAACGACCACUCCCGGCUCAAGGCUGUUGAAGACUAUGAGAAGAAGUGCCCAUCCAGGCUGGUGUCAACACUGCUUCAGACCCAUAAGCCCCUGCCCUUUAAUUCAUGUUACGUGGUGUCCAGUCCAUCAAACAUAGAGGUGACACCCAAGGAGCUGGAGUUUUGCAACAUGGAAGCAGAGUGUCUGCAGUCGUAUCUGGAAAUCUACACCAAGGACAUCCAGGCGGGACUGGAGUUCAGCGUGGUGGAGAAGGUCAACAGGGAACCCAUCUGGGAGGCCCAUGUGAGACCAGAGGAUGCCACGCUUUCCGUCUCAUCUGCCCAAACUCAAACAGAUGAGCACUUUGUCCACCAGCACUGAGAACAGCUGAUCCAGCGGGUCGUGGCAGUGGGGGGCAUCCCCGAUUCAUGGUACGGCCCCGUCCUACACCUGGAGCAAACCCAGAGCAUCGGAGCGGAGAGAUCCGGCGUGCAGAGGAAGUGGCAGCUGCAUAAACGGGACCGUGACUGCAAAGACUGGUUCUCCCAGGCAUGGAAGGAGCAGCCCGGACCUCUAGUGGAACAGCUAGAGGAGAGACAGAUUGUUCCGUGGGAGCAGCCGCAUUCUUGGGGGGCACAAGAUGUGGCUGAAGAUCUCCUCCCAAUUCCAGCUGACCAGCCUGGAAUCCAUCACCUGACUGACACUGUUAUGGGUUAAGGUGUUCUGCUUCGUAACACCCCCAGCUGAUUGUGCGAAGGCGACUGUCUCGUGAGGAGAACAGCCGGUGCCUGGGAGCUGGGGUUCCUGGCUGCCGUGCCCGGCUCUGGAAGGGGAGUGGGAUUAAUGUUUGGGGCGGGGGUUGCCCGGGUUGUGUCCUGAGCCAAAGCAGGGAGGGUGAAUUCCAGAGUCAAGGUUCCUGCAUGGAUCAUGCUCUGCCGGCUGCUCUCUUA